UUUUUUUUUUUAUUAUUAUUUCUUUUUUGAACCUAUUCUUAAUACGUUACUUGAUAUCAUCCAACCAAAAACUCGUACUUUUGUCUUAUUAUUUUAGACUCAUCUCUUGAAUUAUUAUCUAUUACAAUAACUGUUUUUUUUUUUAUUUAACAUUGGUGGAUUCUUACAAUGUCAGCACCUUACAACAAUCAACAAUUAAGUCAUGAAAACGAUAAUUGGAAGAAAACUAUGGUUCUUCCACCAAAAGAUACUCGACCUCAAACCGAAGAUGUGACGGCAACGAAAGGCAAUGAAUUUGAAGAUUACUUUUUAAAACGGGAAUUACUUAUGGGUAUUUUUGAAGCUGGUUUCGAACGACCUUCACCUAUUCAAGAAGAAGCUAUUCCUAUUGCUUUGACUGGAAGGGAUAUUCUUGCACGUGCCAAGAAUGGUACUGGUAAAACAGCAGCAUUUGUUAUCCCUACUUUGGAAAAGAUCAACAAUAAGAAAUCCAAAAUUCAGGCUUUACUUUUGGUACCUACUCGUGAAUUGGCUCUUCAAACUUCUCAAGUAUGCAAAACUUUGGGUAAACAUUUAGGUAUUCAAAUCAUGGUUACUACUGGUGGUACUACUCUCAAAGAUGAUAUCAUGCGCUUAUCCGAAACUGUACAUGUGGUUGUGGGAACUCCUGGUCGUAUCUUGGAUUUAGCUUCUAAAGGUGUUGCUGAUUUUAGUGAAGCUACUACUUUUGUUAUGGAUGAAGCCGAUAAACUCUUGUCUCCUGAAUUCACUCCUAUCAUCGAUCAACUCAUCUCUUUCUUCCCCAAGGAUCGUCAAAUCAUGUUAUUCAGUGCUACUUUCCCUAUGAUUGUCAAACAUUUCAAGGAUAAGUAUUUGGUCAAACCUUAUGAAAUUAAUCUUAUGGAUGAAUUGACUUUACGUGGUGUUACUCAAUAUUAUGCUUUUGUCGAAGAAAAACAAAAAGUACAUUGUCUCAAUACGUUAUUCUCAAAGCUCCAAAUCAAUCAAUCUAUUAUAUUUUGUAAUUCAACCAAUCGUGUGGAAUUAUUGGCCAAGAAAAUCACUGAAUUGGGUUAUUCUUGUUUCUACUCUCAUGCCAAAAUGUUACAAAGUCAUCGUAAUCGUGUAUUCCAUGAUUUCAGAAAUGGUGUCUGUCGUAACUUGGUAUGCUCAGAUUUACUUACUCGUGGUAUUGAUAUCCAAGCUGUUAAUGUGGUGAUCAACUUUGAUUUCCCCAAGAAUGCUGAAACUUAUCUUCAUCGAAUUGGUCGUUCUGGGCGUUUUGGACAUUUGGGUUUGGCGAUUAAUUUGAUUACAUAUGAAGAUCGAUUCAAUCUAUAUAAAAUUGAACGUGAAUUGGGUACUGAAAUUCAACCUAUUCCUCCUACUAUUGAUAAGCAAUUGUAUGUAGCCCCUAAUGCUUUGGAUGAAGCUCAAGUACAACAACCUGAUCGUGAAGCUGCUAUUGCUACUCGUCAACAACAACAACAACGGGAAUCUCAACCUCAAGAACAACAACAACAUCAUCAUCAUCAACAAUAUCAUCAACAACAACAUUACACGCAUUAUCAACAGCAUCAACAACAACAUUAUUAUCAAAAUGGACGUGGACGUGGAGGAUAUAGUGGACGUGGUGGUUAUAGUGGACGUGGUAGAGGACCAAGGCAAUCUUAUCAACAACAACAUCAAGUCCCAAUGAACUAAAUUGAAUCCCAUAGUGUGUAGUUCCCUUCUUUUGUUCUUUUUGUUUUUUUUUUUUUCCUGUACAUAGUUUUUUUUUUAGGGUCAUAC